UCCUCGAUACAGUUAACACGGAGCAGAACAAGAAGAACAUGAGCUGGUGCUGAGGAGAAUAUUUUAGACUCGCGUGUCAAUUAAAACAGAUUUUUAAUCAUGCCGAUGAAAGGAAGGUUCCCGAUACGGAGGACAUUAGAAUAUCUACAGAAAGGAGAAGUAGUCUUCAAAAACACAGUGAAGAUUAUGACCGUGAAUUACAACACGCGUGGAGAACUGAGUGAAGGUGCAAGGAAAUUUGUGUUCUUCUCUGUGCCACAAAUCCAGUACAAAAAUCCCUGGGUUCAAAUAAUGAUGUUCAAAAAUAUGACCCCGUCACCUUUUCUCCGAUUUUACCUUGAUGAUGGAGAGCAGGUAUUGGUAGAUGUAGAAGGAAAGGACUAUAAAGAUAUAACCCAGCAUGUCAAGAAGAUCCUGGGCAAGUCAGAUAAAGUUUUGCAAGCUGAAGCAUUAGCCAAGAUGGAGUCCUCAAACCCUGCAAACUUUGGGCCAAAAAAAUACUUCCUGCGUGAGUGUAUAAGCGAAGUGGAAGGUCAGGUUCCUCACCCAGGUCGUGUGCCCUUGCCAAAAGAGAUGACUGGCAAGUACAGGACCAAAAUGGCCGCUGGCUCUGAGGAAUAAACCGCAUCAGGAGAAAAAUAAAGGAGGACUGGAUAGUAACUUAUCCCUCAGUAGGUUCUUCUGCCUGAAUGGACUGCAGUCACUAUGUGUGGAAAUGCUCUUAGGCUUUCUCAUACUGAGAAAAUAUUAAGCAGCCAUUGUUUUUUUUUUUUUUUUUUUGUAAAAUAAAAUAUGGACUGUU